UGAUGGCGGGGCGCGGGGCCCGGCGGCUCGGGCGGGAGCAGCUGGAGCUGGAGCGGCUGGGCCGGGCCGGUUCCUGCCCGCCGCCGUCGCCGCCGCCCUCCGCCUGCUCGCGGCAGGCCUGGAGCCGGGAUAACCCGGGCUUCGAGCCCGAGGAAGAAGCGGGAGCGGCGGCCGGGCCGGUGCUGGAGAUGAUGGAGGUGGAGUGGGGCAGCGGCGCGGCGGGGCAGGGCGAGGGCCGGCGGCGGCUGCCGGCGGGGCGCGGCGGGGCCGAGGGAGCCAGCCGGCUGCCGGGGCUGCCCGACGGCAGCGCGGCCCCCCGGGCGGGCUGGGCCAAGCGCCUGGCGCGGCGACUGCGAGGUCUGUGGGGAACAAGGCUCAUGGAAGAAAGCAACACCAGCAGAGAGAGAUACCUGAGAAGUGUCUUACGAGAAUUGGUCACAUACAUCAUUUUCCUUGUGGUCUUGUGUGUCUUGACUUAUGGCACAGUGAGUUCCAGUAUGUACUAUUACACAAGGGUUAUGUCGCAGCUCUUCCUGGAAGCACCUGUAUCAAAAAUGGAGAAAACUGAUUUCAAAACUUUAUCCACCAUGGAAGACUUCUGGAAGUUCACAGAAGGCCCUUUGCUGGAUGGCCUUUACUGGGAGUUGUGGUACAACAACAAAACCAUGGCAGAAAACAGAAGCUUCAUUUAUUAUGAGAACCUGCUCCUAGGGGUGCCUCGCCUUCGGCAGCUGAAAGUCAGGAACGGUUCGUGCUCAGUACCUGAAGAUUUAAAGGAUGAAAUCAAAGACUGCUAUGAUGUCUACUCUGUAGCUAAUGAAGACACUGCUCCUUUUGGACUUCAGAAUGGAACAGCUUGGACAUACACCAAUGAGAAGGAUUUGAAUGGGAGCAGCCACUGGGGUUUGAUUGCUACCUACAGUGGGGCUGGCUACUACCAGGACCUCUCAAGGACCAGAGAAGUGACAGCUGUCCAGAUUGCUAGCCUUAAGAAGAACCUGUGGCUGGACAGAGGGACCCGAGCAGCUUUCAUUGAUUUCUCUGUAUACAAUGCAAACAUCAACCUAUUCUGCGUUGUCAGGUUGUUAGUGGAGUUUCCAGCAACUGGAGGCCUUGUCACAUCUUGGCAGUUUCAGCCAGUGAGACUGAUUAACUACCUCUCCACUUUUGAUUUUUUCCUGGCAGCCUGUGAGAUGGCAUUUUGUCUUUUUGUUCUCUAUUAUAUGGUAGAAGAGAUCUUAGAAAUUCACAUUCAUAGACUGCACUACUUCAGAAGUCUCUGGAAUUGCCUUGAUAUCCUUAUCAUUGUGCUCUCUCUGGUAGCUAUAGGAAUUAGCAUCUACAGGACAUCAACUGUUGACAUGCUCCUGAAGAAGCUGCUGGAGGAUCAGAACUCCUUCCCCAAUUUUGAACCAUUGGCAUAUUGGCAAGUGCAAUUCAACAACGUUGCUGCAGUCACUGUGUUUUUUGUCUGGAUUAAGCUUUUCAAAUUUGUUAACUUCAACAGAACAAUGAGUCAGUUAUCCACGACCAUGUCUCGUUGUGUCAAAGAUGUCCUUGGCUUUGCUAUUAUGUUUUUCAUUAUCUUCUUAGCCUAUGCUCAGUUGGCCUAUCUUGUCUUUGGCACUCAAGUCGAUGACUUCAGCACUUUCCAGGACUGCAUAUUUACUCAGUUCCGCAUCAUUCUGGGAGACUUCAACUUCACCGAGGUUGAAGAAGCGAAUCGAAUUUUGGGACCAGUUUAUUUCACUACAUUUGUGUUCUUUAUGUUCUUCAUUCUUUUGAAUAUGUUUUUGGCUAUUAUCAAUGACACAUACUCUGAAGUCAAAUCGGAUAUGGCUCAACAGAAGGCAGAGAUGGAGCUGUCUGACCUUAUCAGAAAGGGCUACAAUAAAGCCAUGAUCAAACUGAAGCUGAAGAAAACUACUGUUGAUGACAUUUCAGAAAGUCUGAGGCAAGGUGGGGGAAAACUGAAUUUUGAUGAACUCCGACAAGAUCUGAAAGGGAAGGGGCACACGGAUGCAGAGAUUGAAGCAAUAUUUACCAAAUAUGACCAGGAUGGGGACCAGGAAUUGACAGAGCAUGAACAUCAGCAGAUGAGAGAUGAUCUGGAGAAAGAGAGGGAGGACCUGGACUUGGAUAGGAACUCUUUGCCACGUCCUCUGAGCAGCCGCAGCUUCCCCCGGAGCUUGGAUGACUCUGAGGAGGAUGAGGAUGAAGACAGUGGACACAGCUCCAGGAGGAGGGGCAGCAGCUCCAGUGGGGUUUCCUAUGAAGAGUUCCAAGUGCUGAUGAGGCGGGUGGAUCGGAUGGAACAUUCCAUCGGCAGCAUCGUCUCCAAGAUCGAUGCCGUUAUUGUCAAGCUGGAAGCCAUGGAGAAAGCCAAGCUCAAAAGGAGGGAUGUGUUGGGCAGGCUGCUGGAUGGAGUGACAGAGGAUGAAAGGCUGGGUCGUGACAAUGAGAUCCACAGGGAGCAAAUGGAGCGACUUGUGCGAGAGGAGUUGGAGCGGUGGGAGUCGGAUGAUACAGCCUCCCAGAUGAGUCACCAGUUGGGAACACCCCUGGGACUGACUGGGCAGCCACGGUCCAGGAGCUCUCGGCCAUCUUCCUCCCAGUCAGAUGGUCUUGAUGGAGGAGGAGGAGGAGGAGGAGGAGGAAACGGGGGGACUAACAUCCACGUGUAGGAAGCGCUGGGACAGGCUGCCCAGGGAGGUUGUGGAGCCUCCUUCUCUGGAGCCCUUCCAAACCCACCUGGAUGCAGUCCUGUGGGAUGUGCGCUAGCCACCCUGCUUUAGCAGGGAGUUGGGCUAGAUGAUCUCUAGAGAUCCCUUCCAACCUUGACAGGUCUGUGAUUAACUCUGUAGGUGAUUCUAAACGUUUCAGUUCAGUAUCAAGCCAGCAAACACACUACUCCACUGUUUCCCAGCACGAGGUGGGAUCAGACCACUGACCAGACCACUAAGGACAAUUUUCAGUGGUGGGCAAAAGUAAAUAUUCCCUUCAUAUGGCAUUUCCAGACCUAGGUGAGCUACAUGUCACAUUCAAAUUACCAACAAUGAGACUGUCAGGCUUGGAAGUGAAAAUGCAGGAGACAGAAUGAAAACCAGGCGUGACAAAAUCUCCCUGGACAGAAUUUUGGUGCCAUACAUGAAUUCUGGGGAACACUUCCCAUGAGGGCAGCAAGACUUCAGACGAAGUCAUGUGCUUGUGGCUGAAACACUCACAUGAAAGGCUGCCAGUUUUCUGUUGGCUCUUGGAAAACAUGAUUUUUUAAGUGCUUUUAAAAGCAAUUUUUAAGAGGAUGGCAUCAGUUUGUCUCCUUCUUUGCAAUAGCUGACACUUUUCAAAGAGGUAAAACAGCACUUUUUUUUUUUUUGCUUUGAGUUUCCGCCUAUUUUUCUGAGUUAUUCUUGAUGUGGUAACAUUUUCAUUAAGUUCAGUGUUCUUUUUUGCCAGUUUUUGAGAAGGACUGUGUCUCCUUAAACAGAAGAAAGUGCACGUAGUUUGUACGACUAUAGAUCACCAACUAUAAAAGUGUUCCUGCAAGAGAUAUUCCCUGGGUUCCUAGGUAAAUAAUGGUUCCUUUGCAGAAAAUACACUCUUGAAGAGCACAGAAAAUAGAAAAACUAAGACUGAUGUAGGUGUGGCAGGGAAGGGAGCAGGGAAGUUGCUGACAGUUGGGAAAAUCCAGUCUUGUGCCCUGUGAAUCCCAAAAUCACUUAGGUUGGAAAAGACCUUCAAGAUCAUCAGUCCAACCAUUAACCCUACUCUACCAAGUCCAGCUCUAAGCCAUGUCCCCAAGCACCAGAUCUAGAUGACUUCUAAACACAUCCAGGGAUGGUGACUCAACCAUGUUCCAAUGUCUGACAACCCUUUCAGUGAAAAUGUUCUUCCUAAUGUCCAGUCUAACCCCCCCUGGUGCAGCUUGAGGCCAUUCCCUCUUGUUCUAUCACCAGUCACUUGUGAGAAGAAACCAGCACCUGCCUCUUUACAACCUCCUUUCAGGCAGUUGCAGAGGGUGAUGAGGUCUCCCCUCAGCCUCCUUUUCUUCAUGCUAAACAGCCUCUUCAGCUACUCCUCAUCAGACUUGUCCUCAAGGCCUUUUCACCAGCUUCGUGGCCCUUCUCUGGACACACUCCAGCACCUCAGUGUCCUUCUUGUACUGAGGUGCCCCAGACUGGACACAGGACUCGAGGUGAGGCCUCACCAGUGCCCAGUACAGAAGGAUGAUCACGUGCCUGCUCCUCCUGGUCACACUAUUUCUAACAGAGGCCAGGAUGCCAUUGGCCUUCUUGGCCACCUGGGCACACUGCUGGCUCAUGUUCAGCCUAUCAAUCAUUACCCUUUCUGCUGGGCACCAUUCCAACCACUCUUCCCCAAGCCUGUAGUGUUGCCUGGGGUUGUUGUGACCCAGGGGCAGGACCCAGCACUUGGCCUUGUUGAACCUCACACAAUUGGCCUCAGUCCAUGGAUCUAGUCUGUCCAAGUCUGUCUGUAGAGCCUCCCUGGCAGAUCAACACUCCCUCCCAACUUGGUGUCAUCUGCAGACUUACUGAGGGUGCAUUCUCUCUCCUCAUCAAGAUGGUUGAUAAAGAUGUUAAAAGGAAGUGUUCCCAACCCUGAGCCCUGAGGAACCCCACGUGUGACCAGCCACCAGCUGGAUGUAACUCCAUUCUCCACCACUCUCUGGGCCCAGCCAUCCAUCCAGUGUUGUCCCCAGCAGAGCAAACACCCAUCCUAGCCAUGGGCAGCCAGUGGUCUCACCAGAAUGCUGUGGGAGACCUUACAGAAGUCCAGGUAGACAACAUCCACAGCCUUUCCUUCAUCAACCAGGUGGGUCAUAUUGUCAGAGAUCAGGUUCCUUGGGUAGCACCUUCCUUUCAUAAACCCUGAAGUUCUAAUCAUGCCUCAGCUAUGUAGUCUGUAUUUACAUUGAACAGACCUGCUUGUCAAAUGAUUAGGGACGUUUCUGCACAUGCUUUUCUGCUGAGGUGCAACACAGGAUUCCUUUGGGAGGGUGUUUGUGGUAUCAUCACGGAUUUUGAGUAUUUAUUGUCACACUGAAAUGACCUUGGUUUCCUGUUGCAAGCACUGAGGUGCGUGUAGCAACAUGUUUCCACCUGGGGAAUGUCCCUUUCAGAGGGAGGUUGUCAGCUGUGCUUUUUUUCCCCUCAAGCUGGCAGUUGUCUUGUAUUUAAAGACCUGGUGUAAAGGAAAAUAGAAAGCUACACAAUCAAACACCCCUUAGCUUAUGACUACGGUAAUAGAGAAGAGGAAAAAAUGCCUAUUUACAAAUUAUAAGUAGCAUGUGUAUGUUAGGCUGGUGCUUUCAAAAAGCAGUUGUUGCCAGGGGUUAGCACCUCAUUCCUGUGGUACUUCUGCUCAGGCAAGGCUUGCAUCUUGCAUCUGUUCCUACAGCUGCCUUGCCUGGUUUCACAGGGACUCAAAAUGCCUUCCCUCUAACCAACCAACCUGCUAAAACUCAACAGACUUCAUGCCUUUCUUUAUUUUUCAAGUUCACAAGAAACCAUAUGCACAGAACCUUCAUGUGAGAUGGAACAGAAGGGAAGUUCAUUGGGGAGGCUGGAAUUUCUUGGUAGCUCUUUGCUCGAGAGCAGAAGAAUGUGGGAAAUCAGGCUGUGAUUCUUGCAAAUGUUUUUUCCUUCUGUGGGUUAUUUUGUCCUGUACUGGGUAGACGUGAAUGGUCUUUCACAAGAAACCCUGUCAGCUUCCCAAAGCAGCUCACAACACAGUGGUUAAGGCCUUAGUGUGAAACGAGAAACACUCAGACUGAGCUCUGUCUUGCCUUGAUUGAAAGCUCUUGGACUCAGAAACCUUCCUGAGGAAAGAUUUUCCAUGUUAAACUGGCAUUUCUGACUUCAAACAAACCAACCAGAACCACCAGUAACUGUACCCAUGGCCAGCUGGUUGCGAGGAAAAUAGAAAAGACAAUAUAAAGCAUUUUUAAAUGUCCAUAGCCUUAUCUUGACAUUCAUACCCAAAGUGUGCAGUGUGUUGGGGAGGUGACACCAAUUACAGCUUAAACUCUGAGGUGUGUGUAAGUACACGUGUGUGACGUAGUAGGUGUUGGGUUUCUAGGGUCAAAGAAGCCUUACGUGCUAAGAUAAUUAAAUAAUCAUGUUCUUCAAAUCAAUGACUGUGCCAAAUGACCCAACUGGAGUUGUCCAGCAAUCAGCUGGAAAUUUACUAGGAAAACCUGGAGUUCAGGUUUGUGCCUGUGGUCUGUAGAGCACGUGGUGAGGUUUGUGGCAGCAGGGCCUGGGGAGCCUGCAGAAGUGAUGGAGUGGUCACCUGGUGGUGAGGCAGGACCUUCCCAACAGGAAAGAAUGCAAAACAAAACCUCCCAGUCUGGUUUGAAAGAGGUUUUCCUGUAGAAAUGUCUCUUUUGCAAUGCAAACUCCCUUCAGGCCCUUCAUCCUCCUUUGCAGGAUGUUUUUCUUCUUGCAUUCCUGGGUGUCUCUGGGGAGGUGCAUUUCUUGUCACGUGUCCUCACUUCAGAACAAACUUCAUCUGGGAGUGCAGGGAGUUUUCAUGGAGUACCCGUGGGUGUUGGUAACAGGCCUGGCAGGAAGGGCACAGCCACUUAUAGACGUUUUCUUACUUCCUUUUUCAACCUUCGUUGAUAGUUUAUUUUGUCACUUAUUACACACCUAAAGCUUUUGCAUAGGGACGUAGAGUUUGGUCUUGCUAAGGAAGCUGUUGUCUAUGCAAGUCUUCUGCAGUGAUCAAGAAUGUAUUGAUCUGUAAGCCUGAGCACUUUACUCCCUAAUAAACCUUUUAUAUCAUCUAUAAAGCAAACCUUGUGCCAGCCA